AUGGCAGUCGAAUUGAACGAUAAACAAAAGUUGUUGUUGGGAGAAUGGAAAUUGGAAAGUUCGGAAAAUUUUGACAAUUACAUGAAAGUAAGUUUGGUUAUUAUUGUUUACUAAAAUAACUUAUUUUUUGUCCUUACCAAAGUAGGCAAUUGAAAUUUUUAAAUUACAAAUUUUUAACAUUUUUUCCAGGAAAUCGGAAUUGGCUUGCUGAAGCGCAAGGCUGGUGCAGUAACCAAGCCCAACCUGAAGCUGUCGUUCGAUGGAACCGAGUGGAAAGUGCAAGUCAUCUCCACCUUCAAAAACGACGAAUGGCAUUUCAAAUUGAAUGAAAAGGCACGUCAUCACACGAUCGAUGGCAGAGAAUUCUACAUUGUGGCCGAGCUGACCGACGAUGGAAAGAUGAUUGAGCGACAAAGUAACGUUGAAGGCGACAACAGUGUCACCUCGGUGAUUACGAGAUGGGUCGAUGAACAGGGGCGACUGGUCGCUCAUAUGAAAGCCAACAAUGUGGAGGCUUAUAGAUAUUAUGUUCGUGCUUAA